UGCUGGGUCCACAGUGUGUCAUGGGUCCCUGUACCGCCUCCCAUUGCUCCCACUCUGCCAUGUGCCACUUUUAGGUCUCCUCACACUCCUGCUGGUUUCCAUUUUGUCAUAGGUUGCUGGCAGAUUACAGGCCUCCCAUAGGUGCUGCCAGGCCCCAAAUCUGCCAUGGGCCCCCGUACCGCCUGGUCACGCUGCUGCUGGGUCCACAGUGUGUCAUGGGUCCCUGUACCGCCUCCCAUUGCUCCCACUCUGCCAUGUGCCACUUUCAGGUCUCCUCACACUCCUGCUGGUUUCCAUUUUGUCAUAGGUUGCUGGCAGAUUACAGGCCUCCCAUAGGUGCUGCC